GCCACCCAACAACCGAGAGAAAACCAGCAGCUCCCUCUUACCCCACGGGCUGGUGAUCUCUGUAUUAAAGUGUGCAGGGGGAGGAGCGUCCCCUGCAUCCUGGUGGCUUGGAUGCUCCUGGCAAGCAGCAGCAGCAGCAGCCCCGACGAGGAGAAGCUGAUCAGGGUCCUGGUGCUGCUGCCCAAGGACAACUCCUACCUGUUCUCCCUGGCCAGGGUCAAGCCAGCCAUCGAGUACGCCGUGCGGAGCCAGCAAGAGAACGGGACCUGCCUGCCGGGCUACCGCUUCGAGGUGAUCUACGAGGACUCCGAGUGCGGCAACCGGGCGCUCUUCAGCCUGGUGGACCUGGUGGCCCUGAAGCAGCAGAAACCGGACCUGCUGCUGGGGCCCGUCUGCGAGUACGCGGCUGCCCCGGUGGCCCGGCUGGCCUCCCACUGGAACCUGCCCAUGAUCUCGGCUGGGGCGCUGGCCACCGGCUUCAGCACCAAGACGGGCGAGUACUCGCACCUGACCCGGGUCUCGCCCGCCUACUCCAAGAUGGGCGAGAUGUUCCUGGCCCUGUUCCGGCACCACAAGUGGAGCCGGGCCACGCUGCUCUACAGCGACAACAACCAGGAGCGCAACUGCUACUUCACCAUGGAGGGGGUGCAUGUGGUCUUCCAGGAGGAGGCGUUCCCCAUGGCCGUGCACAGCUUCGACGAGAGCGGCCGCUACUUGGACCUGGACGAGAUCGUGCGCUCCAUCCAGGCCGGGGAGCGAGUUGUAAUAAUGUGUGCCAGCGGUGACACAAUAAGGAACAUCAUGCUAGCUGCUCAUCGACAAGGAAUGACCAAUGGGGACUACGCUUUCUUCAAUAUUGAACUCUUCAACAGCUCGUCAUAUGGAAAUGGCUCAUGGAAGAGAGGAGACAAACAUGACCUUGAAGCAAAGCAAGCCUACUCAUCCCUCCAAACAGUCACUCUACUGAGGACAGUGAAACCUGAGUUUGAGAGGUUUUCCAUGGAAGUGAAAAGUUCUGUUCAGAAACAAGGUCUGAACGAGGAUGAUUACAUUAACAUGUUUGUGGAAGGAUUCCAUGACGCCAUUCUCCUCUAUGCUCUGGCUUUGCGUGAAGUCCUAAAAUAUGGCUUUGGCAAGAAGGAUGGGGAUAAAAUUGUUCAUCAGACACGGAACAGGACAUAUGAAGGCAUUGCAGGGCAGGUAUCCAUCGAUGCCAAUGGAGACCGAUAUGGGGAUUUCUCAGUGAUUGCAAUGACCAACCCAGAAGCAGGCACACAGGAGGUGAUUGGGGACUACUAUGGAAAGCAAGGGCGUUUUGAAAUUCGAUCAAACGUGAAGUAUCCUUGGGGUCCUGGCAAGCUGAGAAUAGAUGAAAACAGAGUUUUAGAGCACACGAACAAUACGCCUUGUAAAUCAUCAGGUGGCCUAGGAGAGUCGGCAGUUACAGGGAUCGUAGUGGGCGCCUUACUUGGAGCAGGAUUACUAAUGGCUUUCUACUUUUUCAGAAAGAAAUACAGAAUAACUAUUGAGAGACGAAGUCAACAGGAAGAAUGUAAUGUGGGCAAGCAUCGGCAGUUACGUGAAGACUCCAUUAGAUCUCAUUUUUCUGCUGCGUAAAGAAGAAAAAAUCCCAUUCUUCCUGAAAAAAACUUUAGGGAAAUGGACAAAACCAAAGACAUCAGUGUAAAAGAAGAGGCUCUUGAAGAACUCAUUCUUUAAGCAGUAGAGUCAUUUUGUCUUAAUUUCUUUCAGAAACUCAGGAAUGAUUUACUAAUCACAUUAUGCCACAUGGCCUUUCAUCUCGUGGGGAAAAAAAAAAAAGAUAGUUUCACAUUGUAGGACGUUAGUGUUUUGAGAGGGUAUUUUCUAAGACAUUUAUUGAGGGAAGCAGUUUUGUGCUUAGGGCUGGGAAUGCUUCUUCCUGACCCCUUCUUUUUAACUCCUAGUGCUUCCUUUCUUAGCUGCAUCACAAGCAAGGAUAUCAAAAUGUGGUUUCAAUGCUGCUUUGCCAUUAAAAUAAAAAUGUCUUCAUUAUGGGCUUCCUGCAUUAUUGAAACCAAUGGGCCACUUUGCCAUGGACCUCAGUGGGUGCAGGAUUAGACUGCUAGAGUUUAAUCUCAGGAGUUGGCACUUGGGAUGUAAAUAACUAUCGAGAAAGUAAAGAGGGUGGAAACACUCAAGUCAUUUUUUCAUUGCACGUACCGUAUCAAAAUCAAGACAGGGUAUACAGAGACUGCAUCUCUUCUCACUUAUACUAGUGUAAGUCCAGAGUAGCUCCAUUGCAGUCAGUGGAGUUUCACUGGUAUGAAACAUAAGCAAGGGGAGAAGCAGAACCCUAGAGUGGAUUUGCUUUUUCUUCAGCCUGACAUAUGCUUUUAUAUUAUACCAAAACAUCCCAGAAGAGUUAUCCUUCACUCUCUCCAUCAUCACCGCCUCUUAGAAAGGCUAGUGCAGUAUCUAAAGAGCUGGCUUCUGCUCCCAUUGAAGUCAACGGCAGAAGUUCCCCUGAUUUCAGUGAGAGGAGGGUACGAUCCAGACUCUGUAAAUAUUAAUGAUAGGGGAGUGUUUGUACAGUAACGGUAAUUCAAAAGAUUUUUUUUUAUAAAAAUGACAUUCCAUGCUAGCAUUUUAUUUUUAGGUAUCUUUAUCUUGUAUUUUUCUAUUAGAAAAUGUCUAUUUUUGCUUUGGUAAGAUAAAAAGUCAAGGUGAGAAGGUUUGAAGAAAUAUUUUUACAGUGUGAAUAAUGUGCACAGGAAGUCAUUAAUGUAAAUAAAAGUUAUUUUGGUUUAUGAAUAUUAACCAGAUUUUUUUUCCCUCCCUCUUCCCCAAGCAUGUGCAGAAUGCAAAUAAUUAAUUAGCUAAACUAAAAUGCAAUUAAUUAGUUGUAAAAUUGCCAAAAAAUAUUCAGAUUGCAAAUUUAGGCCCUAAUCCUGCAGACACUUAACUUUACACACAUUCAAGUCAAUGAGUGACUACUUACAUGGGGAAAGUAAAGCGUCUGCAGGAUUGGGGCUUUAAGAUGCUGCUGUGGGGCCUGAUCCAGAUCCUGCUGCCAUUGAUAUCUCUAGUAAUUAUCUCAUUAAUUUUAUCAUGGACUUCAAUUGGAGCAGGAUUGGCUCUGUUAAAAGUAGGUUAUUUUAUACUGUAUAUAGAAAAGUUCUUAACACUUUCUAGUCAGGAAAUGUAGGUAUUAUUUAGAAUGCCUGAUUUGGAGAGUAACAGCUCUAAGAGUAUUGUCUGAGAGAGCGAGAAAAAUUACCAAGUUUGUGAAUCCUUUGGUUUAUCCUGGCAAUUUUUCAUAUUAAGAAAACUUUUCUUUAACAGAGCCCUUAAAACUAGUCCCUAAGGCAGUGGUCCCCAAACUGUGGGCAUACCCCCGGGGUGUGUGUGUGCAGAGGAACGUCUGGGGGCAGCACAGCAGGGCGCAGGCCAGCCCCUACCAGGAGGUGGGGAGGGAGCUCCAUCCAGCCCUGCUCUGCCCCCAGUUCCGCUCCAGCCCCAACUCCUGGCCACAGCUGACGCCCUGACUCCACUCCUGGCCCUGGCCACAGCCCUGCUCCUGCCCCCACUCUCAGCCGCUGGGCCCGGCUCCUGGCCCCAGCUGCGGCCCCCAGCCUGGCCACAACUCCGCUCCCAAGGUGGGCGCAGACACAUUAUAUUACUGGUAAGGGGGAGGGUGCGAGAGGAAAAGUUUGAGGACCACUGCUCUAAGGGCCAGAUUCUGCCAUCAUUUAUACUAGUGUAAAUCCAGAGAAAGUGCACCAAAGUAGCUUACAGUAAACAGAGCAGAAUUUGGCCUGAUUUGUUUUAUUACAGCUUUCUAUUUUUUCAGUGUGUGGACAGAUUUUGCUGGUGUGUUUCAUCUACUUUUUUCUAAAACACGUAUCUGGACAUGCUGUUUACUGCCUGCAUUUGUGAAGUUCUGUCUGAUUCCUCAGGCAUCGAGGCAGGGGCCCAUUCUUGGAGCUGCUCUAGAGUAGAUCAAAGCAGCUGGAAAUGGUGGAUUUGAGACCUUAAGGAUUCCCUCUCAUUGGGUAGCACAGAGUAAGGUAGAGGCUCUAAUAUGCCCCAUUUCACAGCCUAGGUCUGCAGUGUGUGUCUGUUGAAAAAGUGACAUGGCCUAUGCACCACUACAGUCACUAGAAUGGCCCCUGUCAAGCCAUGAACCACUGCCCUUGGCAUAGGUUAGAGCAGAAUUCACAUUGCUCUAGAGCUGGCGGAAAAAAGUUGAUCAAUUUUUUGGAAAAUUUCUAAAAUGUUUUAGUUGAAACGGCUUUUGAAAGUGUUAGCCAAAAAUUUUACUGGUUUCAAAAUCAUUUUGAUUUGUUUUUCACUUUUGGAAAUAUUCCAUUUGGUUUUUUCCCCUCUCCUUUUCUGUUUUGCUACUGAAAAUAGGGGAAGGAAAAAAGCAAAAAAUAAAAACCACAAUGUUUUUGUUGUAAACCAAGGGCAGUUUAAAAUAUUUUUUCACAUUUGGUUUGCUGUGACGUACACGGGAGGCUGGUCUCCCCCCCCCCCCCAAGCUGCCUCACAGAUCAGAAACACAAAAGGUGGGCUCAAGCUGCAUUUGUCCUCAUCACCUGGUCCUGUGCCAAGCACAGUUAAGUCCAGGUAGAGGAUCUGGGAUAAUUAACAGGACAAUUUUUGAUCACAUGAUCUUGUUUCAGCGAAAUGGAAUUGAGGAGAAAACAGAAAACGGUAAUUAGAGAGUCACUGUGAGGCUGAAAAAAAAAAAAAAAUCAUGCAGCCCUGCUUUUAAUCGCAAUCCUAGAUAGCAUUGCCCAGGAAGUCUCACCAGCUGGGGCUCCUGUGGAGGACUGGCCACAGCUUAAAGCACCACAACCCACUUUAUUCACUUCCAGAGGAGGCACCAUAACAUUGGGAGCAUAGCAGACUGCUGUUGGAGGAAUGCAUGGAGCCUGUUUAGCUAUUUUUUAAAAAUCUGUCUGUUAGUAACAACACCCUUAGAUUACUAAAAGUGAACAAUUUUUUAACAUUACUUUUUACCAUUGACAUGGUUUGUUUACUUUUUACAUUUUCCUUAAUUAGGACAAGGAAAAUAGACUAGUCAGUCUCCCUAUCUGGUUCUCCUGCAGUAGCUCAGGGCUUAGGCUUCAAAUACUGCAGGGCAAUGUUUAAAUUCAAACAAAAACAUCGAUUUUCAAAUAAGUUUUUAAAGAAUUCUUUGGAUCUAAGGGGCUAUAAAACUAAAUAAAAUGUAUUGUAAAAUGUGGGUUUCACAGAAGCUUGUUUAACCCAAACCUAUGUUUGUGGCUAUCCAUAUUUCACACACAUUCAUAUAACAACAACAUAUAAAGGCCACAAAUGAGCCCAGCACUUUAGCACACAAACUUAAGCACAUCCAUAAGUGUUAAAGCGAUAUAGUUAAUAGAGGACUCAUACAUGAUUUUUUUUUUUUUUUGGUAGCAGUUAAAGAUGUUGGGGAAAGCUCUGCCUUCAGAUAUAUGCCUAACGCCCAUUGGCUGUCUGAAUAUCUGCAGGCAGAGUUUAGGAGUACAGGGGCUUUUGUUUAAAUGACACAUUUCACAUGAGAAAGUUGAAGUAUUUGCACUGUGCACAUCUCUGUUUAUAGAAAUAUUAGGCAGAAAGGAGUUUAAAUGGUGUGUGGUCUUAUUUUCAGACAUCUUCGCAUACGGAAUGAGAAUGAUCCCGUAGACCAUAUGCAGGCCAAAUUUCUGUUGAAGUCAAUAGAAAUGUUGCCAGUGAAAGAUUUCAGGACUGGACCAUCUGAAGGGGUUAACAAGUAGUGCCAUGGGCUAUGAGAGUGUUCUCUCCUCUUGGGAAUCACAAGAAACCAAUGCACUUCUUUUUGGCCUUAAUUCAGUCUUAAAUUUAGCAUGUAUGUGAAAUGGAGACCAUCCCUUUAUAUUUUACCCAGGUGGGUUAAAGGGGAGGCGGGUUUGGUGUUUUACAAGGAUAUUAUUGGCUUUUCAUCAGGAAAAUAAUAUUGCCAUGACUUGGAGACUUUCUUGGAUUAGUGUUUAAUUAUGAAAUAACUGUGUAGAUCUAUUUUUUUUUAAAUCUAGAAUUGCUUCUUCCAGAAUGCACAUUUCAAAAUGCCUCUGACUGGUGUACACCACAUUUAGACCCU